AUGGCGGCUGGUGACAUAGCUGGUUCCUUCUUCAAAUAUGCGUCAAUACUAGUCGCUGUUGUAGUUGGGCUAUAUGCGAUCCUCCUAGGGUUACUCACCACAUCAACUUUCCAAUCACAUGUCGUUUAUCUUCACGCAAUCCAGAUGACAUGGCUCAAAGACCUCAAUAUCCCCGAAAGUUUUGGGUUUCUGAGGAACCAGGUCACUCCAUUCUCCAUCAGAACGACGGACGGUGAAUGGCUAUAUGCUUGGCAUAUUCUUCCUGUAGAAUUAUAUCGCAAGCAUGAAAUGCCACUUAUCGAAGAGCCCGUGGGCUUUGUAUCCGACAUCAAGUCUCGACUGGGAUUUCAACUAUUACGGGACGACCCCGAAGCUCGCUUGAUUCUUCAUAUGCACGGCGCUGGAGGAACCGUUGCCUCAGGCUACAGGGCCCCGAAUUAUCGUGCUCUUUCGGCCGGCAAUCCAGGGAAAAUCCAUGUUUUGAAAUUUGAUUACCGAGGAUUUGGCAAAAGUACCGGGUCACCAUCUGAAGCUGGACUCAUCAUCGAUGCCCUCGUUGUGGUAGACUGGGCAAUGAAUGUUGCAGGCAUCCCUCCAUCUCGAAUUUUGAUAUUUGGCCAAUCAAUGGGCACGGCCGUGAGUAUCGCUGUGUCCAAGCAUCUUGCUGUGCAGAAUCCACCUAUAGUUUUCGUAGGCACAGUGCUGGUUGCGCCAUUUGUGGACGUCGCAACAUUGGUCUCAACUUAUCAAAUUGCGGGUAUCGUACCAAUCUUGUCGCCGGUUGCAAUGUUCCCUUGUCUAUUCAAAUAUCUUCAGCGAUUCAUUCGAGACAAAUUCUCAACCAGGGAUUCUAUUGCGCAAUAUAUCCGGGCUAACGAGGUAAAUGGAGAGAAAUACCGAAUAUCGAUAAUUCACGCCGAGGAUGACUUUGACAUUCCAUGGCACCAUUCUCAACUUGUCUUUUGGCAUGCGGUCAAUGCUUCGAUGCCAGCGGGGAUCAGUUAUGACGACCUUGAACAAAAGAAGCUCGAUUCGAAGGCAGAUCUGGGAGCUGCCGUGUCCAUGAUGGAAUGGAAAACCAAUCACGGAGUUAUUCGCGAAGAAAUCUUGAAAACUGGAUUGCACAAUGUGAUCAUGGGCUACCCAGUGGUAACAAUGGCGGUGAUGCGGUUUUUUGAGGCGGCAGACCCAUCAUUCACGGCCUGA